AUGUUUGUUCCGGGGCGGGCCUCAAGGAGUACACAAUUGGGCAAGAUUAAGGUUGCCAUCAUCGGCGUGGGCAACUGCGCGUCUUCGCUGGUACAGGGCAUCCAUAAAUAUGUCGAGGUGCCGGACGACGAUCCGAUCCCCGGCGUGAUGCACAAUCGCGUAGGCGAAUACCGGAUUGAGGAUAUCGAAGUCGUCGCUGCGUUCGACGUCGACCGCAAUAAGGUCGGGAAAGAUCUGUCGGAAGCCAUCUUCACCGAACCUAACAACACGAUCAAAUUCUCUGACGUGCCCUACCUUGGUGUGCCGGUGGAGCGCGGAAUGACCCACGACGGGAUCGGCCGCUACCUUUCCGACGUGGUGAUCAAAUCACCCCACAGUACCGCCGACAUCUCGGGAAUCCUUCGUGAUCGCGAAGUCGACGUGGUGAUCAACUACUUGCCCGUGGGCAGCGAAAUGGCCACCAAGUGGUACGUGGAGCAAAUCCUCGAUGCCCGUUGCGCCAUGAUCAACUGCAUACCCGUUUUCAUCGCUCGCGAAGAGUACUGGCGCAACCGGUUCGAAGAACGCGGCGUGCCCAUCAUCGGCGACGACAUAAAAUCCCAGGUUGGCGCAACCAUCGUGCAUCGCGUCCUGACCCGACUGAUGGAAAAUCGCGGCGCCGAAAUCGACAACACCUAUCAGCUCAACUUCGGCGGCAACACCGACUUUCUGAACAUGCUUGAGCGCGAGCGCCUCAUCUCCAAGAAGAUAUCCAAGACCGGAUCCGUCACCAGCCAGAUGCAGGAAGAGCCCGACGCCGAUACCAUCCACAUCGGGCCCAGCGACCAUGUGCCGUGGCUGCAGGAUCGCAAGUGGUGCUACAUCCACAUCGAUGGCAAGGUGUUCGGCGGCGCCCCCGUCAAGAUCGAAGUGAAGCUGGAGGUCUGGGACAGCCCCAACUCGGCCGGCGUCGUGGUGGACGCAAUCCGAUGCGCCAAGCUGGCACUGGACCGCGGUCAGGGCGGAGCUGUGUACGCCCCAUCCGCUUAUUUCAUGAAGAGCCCGCCCGUGCAAUACUCCGAUUCCGAAGCGCACGAUAUGGUGGAGGCAUUCAUCGCCGAGCCUGCGGUGGCCAGCGUCCAGGUCAAGCACGGCGACGGAGAAGAAUAA